UAUAAAUCCAAAAUUCAGCGCACUCAUAUUAAAUAUUAAAUCAUAGCGUAACGCAACAUAUAUAUAUAUAUAUAUAUAUAUAUAUAUAUAUAAAAGUAUGUUACCAAGGUCAGAAAUUUAGGGGGAAAAAAAUAAGUAAAAAUGCGAAAUGAUGAAUAUCGAGCCAAUUCCGCAACAGAGAAAAUGAUCUCUCUUCACCACACUCACAAUCCGAAGCCAAAUCAAUGCACUUCUUUAGCGGUGCAAAGGGUAGCCGCCUCACUCCCUCUCGUUUGGUCAAUACUACGUCGUUUCGACCAGCCCCAAGCCUACAAGAAGCUCGUGAAGAAUUGCACCAUCCUCGGUGGCGGCGGCGGCGGCGUGGGGAGCGUGAGGGAGGUGGCGCUGGUCUCCGGCAUGCCGGGGAGGAUGAGCCGAGAGCGGCUGGAUCGGCUCGAUGAGGAGAAUCACGUGAUGAUCUACACCGUGAUUGAAGGAGAUCAGCGGCUGGAGAAUUAUCAGUCCACAACCACCGUGCAUGAGGCGGAGGACGGCGGCGGCGGAGCGGUGGUUAUCGAGAGUUAUGUGGUGGAUGUGCCGGAGGGAAAUACGGAGGAGGAGACGCGGAUUUUUGCCGAUACCGUUUUAGGCUGCCAUCUUCGCUAUUUGGCGCAUCUUAGUGAGAAAUUAGCUUCAGGAAUUGCUCUGUAAAUAUAUACAGGACUACAAUUUUAAUUAAGGUUCCAUUAGAUUUUGUCAAUUUGUGUAAUUUCAGUUAUUAGUUUAAUUAUUAGUCACAUUUUGCGAAGAGUUUCGAAAUAGUUAGACAGUGUAGUUGUCGGUCACCGAUUACCUGGGAUUUUGGAAA